GUUCCCAUAUAGACUGUUUAUAUCACAUAAAAUUUACAAAUGAGCAUUCUUAACUUUGUUCUACUUCUAAAAUUUCAUGCAAAAUAUGAAGAUUAGGAUUUAUUUGUAUCACCUUUCACUCAUCACUUCCAAUAUGGUUGUCUGCCUCAGUUUGUGUUUCAUUGUCAAUUAGAGUUGAAUGUUGUUCCCUGUAUGUUGUUUGCGAUGAUGCAUACCCCUCACUUUAUGUCUAAGUCUCCCCCAUUCUAAUGCUUCUUAGGAUUUGGUGUAGCUUCUCAUACUUCUUAAAUCAUCACAACAACUGAACACGCCAUUUCCAUAUGUUGUGUAUCCUGGUGAAUACGAAAUAUGGAUACCCGUGAAAGUGAAGAGGGGGACUCAUCACUUUCCCAACUCGAUGUUAGUAACAUGAGAUCUAGUGUGCCCUAUGAGUUUGAAUACCAAAAUUCAACAUUUUCAUUCAAACAAAAGUUGCUUAUAAAUAUUAACUAAAGUACAACUUGGGGUCGUUGAAUUGUUUGUUGUCAUGAUCUAGGGAAACGUCGUGGUAUUUUCUUCCAAUCUACUCAUGUAACUAAUGCUCCUGCGUCGGUUCAAAAAGAUGUUGAGGUCUUAGACAGAGGUAAUGUACAACAUGAUAUAAUGUACUAUUAUUUUUGUACGAUCGACCUUUAAACACAGUUAUUGUAUAAGGGGAAGCAUUCUGCCUAGGUUGAUGGUUUUCUCGAUGGAUUGCUUUUCUGAGUUAAUACAUUCGAAAUUAUUGGGUAUAUGAUCGAUAUUUUGGCAGUACUACAAACUUUGAAGACUGAACUAACUAGAAUUACUGCUGAAUUGCCUAAACUUGCACGAUAGAGACGACGUGCUCUCAUCGCCAAUAAGGAACGUCAUUGUAGACAACAAAAUGGUAUAUGGUGUACCCAUUUGUUUCUUUGUUUAAAUAAGUUUGGAUUAUGUCUUUCCAACCAAUUUAACUUGGAAGGCAUUUAUUUAAUGUUAAUUUAAAUUUGGUUUUUGCUUAUUUCAGUUCAACCAUUGGAGGCUAAAUUUUCAUCACUUAGUGCUGCCCGUAAUAGAUUAGCACGUAGGAUUUACUUACAUCAAAAACGAAAAGGGCAGACACCAUUUCGGAAGCAAAACCAAUCGGGAAAGGAGUAUAAUGGCUCAUCUGCCCAACAAAUAUGUGUGUCUCAGUAUGGGUAGGCUUUGAAGUUUGCCUUUACUCAUUAGAAUGUGUCUAUUGUGAUGGACCUCUUACUAAUUACCCUUUUCUGUAUUUUUUCUUUAUAUGUAGUUUGUCUCGAUGUUGAAGUUUUUUUUCCGUCGGAGAGCCAUGUUACGUUUGUCCAUUUUGUCUUGCUAAGCUAUGGUGGUUGGAAAGUGUUGCGACGCCGCGAAAGUUUGAAACUCCCAUUUUCUCACUUUGUUGUAAACAAGGCAAGGUCAGACUACCACCUCGGCGAGACCCACCAGAAUUCUUGAAAGAGCUAUUUGAAGGAUAAACGCCAAUUGCCCAUCAUUUUCGUGAGUUCAUCCAUGGAUACAACGGUGUCUUUACUUUUAUAUCUCUUGGUGGUAAGGUGGAUAAAUCGAUAAAUCAUGGUCCUGGUGUGUAUGUCUACUCAAUUGGUGGUCAAAUCUACCAUCGUAUCGGAAGUUUGGUGUCGGCUGACGGUAUGCCACCAAAGUUCGCUCAGUUGUAUAUUCAUGACACAACGAAUGAGGUACAAAAUCGACUUGAUUUCUACAAUCUCGGUAGAGAAGUCAACCCUCUAUGUGAACACAUUGUUCAGAGACUGCAAGAGAUGUUCCAUGAGCAUAAUGUUUUAGUUCAGACAUUUUGUAUUGCAAGAGAUAAGAAACAUGAAGAGGAUAUUGAACAUGUUCAGAUCAAGUUGAUUGGUACUCGAUCUAGUGGGGAGAGAGAGUAUGAUUUACCUUCAACUAAUGAAAUUGCUGCACUAAUUGUUAAUGAAGUAGGAGAAGAAACAUUUGGACCCGAUAUUGUUGUUCAACAACAUAGUUUGGAUAUGCAGCAAAUCAACUUUCACCAUCCCAGUUUGAUGGCUUUGCAAUACCCUAUUUUGUUUCCUUAUGGGGAGGAUGGGUGGCAUUCAGAUCUUAUAUAUCAUCAUCCAUAUAAAACAAACAGUGAAGGAGACCGUACAGUUUCUCAGUGUGAUUAUUACAGCUAUCGACUCCAUACACGUGUUGGUGAGUCCAAUUCGUUACUAUUUGGAGGAAAAUUAUUUCAACAAUACGUCGUGAACGCAUAUGCUCUGGUGGAAGCUGAAUAACUAGAUUGGAUUCGCAACAAUCAAUCAAAACUACGAGCUCAUUAUUUCCAAGGAUUGAUGGAUUCAUUUAUGAGAGGUGAUACUGAGCUUAAAUUGAGAGGAAAACAUAUCAUCCUGUCUGCGUUGCAUACUGGAAGUCCACGAGAUAAAUAUGAAAAUUUUCAAGAUGCAAUGGUGAUUUGUCGAUUCAUAGGCUAUCCAGAUUUGUUUAUCACAUUCACAUGUAACGCGAAUUGGCCAGAGAUUCAUUUCAUGCUUGACUUGCUACAAGAAGAAGGUCGAAAAGACUCAAAUUACGCUGAUGUUUUCGCCAGAGUAUUCAAGAUGAAAUUGAAUCAAUUAAUUGUUGAAAUUAGGGACAAGAAAAUCUUUGGAAUCACGUGUGGAUGUAAGUUACUAUACUAUUUUAUUUUCAAAUUUCAAAUAUGUUAUUAGUUCACCCUUGGUCAUUAACUCUUUAAUAUUUUCUUUACAUACGUUGUUGCAAUCGAGUUUCAGAAACGAGGUCUCCCUCAUUCUCACCUUUUGGUAUUUUUGGAUCCUAAAGAUAAACCAAAUGGGAUUUCAGAUAUUGAUUCCAUAAUCUCAUCGGAGAUUCCUUAUCCAUAUUUAGAUCCUGAUUGCUACCAAACCGUAACAAGUUUUAUGUUACAUGGUCCCUGUGGUUCAGUUGCACCAAAGUCACCUUGCAUGAAAGAUGGAAAGUGUUCUAAGAAGUUUUCAAAACAAUAUUUUAGUCAAACAACAUUAGAUGAGAAUGGUUUUGCACAAUAUCCUCGCCGACAAAAUGGAUAAUCGAUUUGUUGCACAUAUCAACGUAGAAUUUUGAAGCAAAACAAGGUAUGAAAUUAAUUUAUUCUUUUGAGGCCAAAUAUAACAUAUUUUUUCAUGUUGAACAGAAUUAUUAUUUCAUUCCAUUUAAUUAUUGUUAAGGAAUUUCAUUCCAUGACCAAAAUCAAUUGUUCUAUCUUGCAUAAUUGUUCUGAAUAGAACAUUCUAGCGUUUCAUAUCUUAUCUCUGGCUUAUGUAUGCACUAAUUUGCCCUUGAACUGUUGCUUCUACUUCGUCCAGUUACAUCUGCAGGCAAGAGUUUUAAUUCCAUGGAUUUUGGCCUGUUACAAAAACCCGUAAACAACUCAUGCUAACUAGUACUUCUUUUUUACUCUUUUUUUGCAUUAUUUGGAUUGAACCACUUGCCUAAUAUAUUUCACAAUUUUGUUUGUCCUUCAUGGUUCUAAGUUGUCUCAAGUUUGCUUAAGCCUGGACAUGUGAAUCGUGUUGUUUGUGACCAUUUUUGUUCACCUAAUUUCCUCAUCUGUGUAUAAUUAAUUUUAUUAAAUUUUGCAGGGUCAUCCGUUACUUGUUCAAGUAUAUCAACAAACCCGAGGAUCGAGCAAUUGCAACAUUAACUGUAGCGCAGAAUGGUGUAUCCUAUGAAUCUAACAGUAGUGAUUCAAGAGAAGUUGUUCGUAUUGAUGAGAUCAAAGCUUUCAUGGAUUGUCGAUAUAUAACUCCUGGUGAAGCGUGUUGGAGACUCUUCAAAUUUGAUUUGUACAAUCAUUCUCCCUCAGUUAUGAGAUUAUCUUGUCAUUUGCCUGGAGAAAACAAAGUCUAUACCACCCAACAAUCCAAUAUUCGUAACAUCCUUCUAUAUGAUACAACCACUUUACUUUUGGGAUGGAUGCAAAAGAAUCGUGACUCUCCCUCUGCAUGGAAAUACACGUUUGUUGAAUUCCCACAGUAUUUCACGUGGAAUAGAAAGCUAAAAAAUGGCGAGAAAGGAAGCAAAAACUUUGUAUAGGGAGAUUGUAUUAUACCUAUCCAUCUGCAAAAGAAAUGUACUAUCUUAGGAUGUUACUACAUAUUGUGAGAGGUUUGUCGAAGCUUUGAUGAGAUAAGAACGGUAAAUGGGGUUUUGCAUGAUACAUUUCAGAAUGCUUGUUAUUCUCUUGGAUUGUUGGCAGAGGAUACUGAAUGGAAUGAUUGCUUGAAGGAAUUAUCAUUGUAGGGUUCUGGAUAUAAAAUGAGGAAUCUUUUUAUCACCAUUUUGAUUCACAAUCAAGUGUCAAAUGUUGAGGCAUUAUGGAAUAAUAAUUGGGAGCUGUUGAGUGAUGAUCUUUUAUUCCACCAACCAAGAUUGUUGAAUUUACCUGAUCUCUAGUUAUCUUCAGAACAACUGAAAGAAUUGUGUUUGAUUGAGAUAGAGAAGAUAUUGCAAAUGAAUUGGAAGUCUCUAUAUUAUUUUCCUGGUUUGUCAAUUCCUAGCCAAGGUAGUUCCUCUCAAUAUUCCAAUCGAAUGAUGGCUGCUGAAUUGAAUUAUGUUUCAGCAGAUUUGGAAGUAGCAUGGGAAGCACAAUAUCUAAAGCUAAAUACAUAUCAAAAGGAAGGUUUCGAUGCAAUCUUACAAUCUGUUGCAGAAGAUAGCGGCAAGUGUUUUUUUGUCGAUUGCUUCGGAGGGAUAGGCAAAACCUUCUUGUGGAAGUCAAUUUGCUUGAAAUUAAGGUCUGAGAACAAAAUUGUAUUUUGUGUUGCCUCAUCUGGUAUUGCUGCUUUAUUAAUAACUGGAGGAAGAACAACCCACUCACGUUUUCACAUAACUAUUGAUUGUGACUCCACAUCAACCUGUCAUAUUGAACAAGGUAGGGAAUCGGCUGAAUUGAUUCAGCACACCUCACUGAUCAUUUGGGAUGAAGCUUGGAUGUCUCAUAAGCAUAACAUUGAGGCUUUGGAUAGGACGUUAACAGAUAUUCUUCGUGUGAAGUAUGAAAAUAGUGAAGACAAGACCUUUGGUGGUAUGAUUGUCGUUUUUGGGGGUGAUUUCGGACAAACAUUGCCAGUUGUUUUGAAAGGCAUGCGCGACCAAAUUGUUGGGUCUUCCAUUAAGAAAUCUUAUUUAAGGUCUAAUAUCUCAGUAUUAAAAUUGACUCAAAAUAUGAGGUUGGCACAAGGCGCAUCUGAGUCAGGAGAAGAUAAUGCAGAAAUAGCUCUACUCAGUCGUUGGCUUCUCGACAUAGGUGAUGGUCUGAAUGCAAAUAUUUUUGGUGAAUCGACCAUAGCUAUUCCACCUGAAAUGUUGAUUCGUUCUACACAUGAUCCUAUAGCUGAUUUUAUUAGUGCUACUUAUGGUGAUUUGCCACUUAGUCACACAGAUUCAAAGUAUUUGGUUGGACGAGCUAUAUUGGCCCCUCACAAUGAGACAGUAUCUAACAUCAACAGUAAGGUAUUAGCAGCCUUUCUUGGUGAAGAGAUAGCUUAUCUUAGCUACGACUCGACUGAAAUUGAUCCAGGGAAUACCAAUGUAAUGGAGAGUGAUUACUCUGUUGAGUUCUUGAACUCUUUGAAGAUCGUUAAUUUCCCACCCCUUGAGUUGAAGUUCAAGGUUGGAUGUCCUGUUAUUCUACUAAGGAAUAUGGAUCAAACUAUUGGCCUUUGUAUUGGAACGAGAAUGGUGGUUACAAAAUUGGGUACAUGGUUCAUUGAAGUUGAGAUUCUUACUGCCUCAAAUAUAGGAGAGCGACUUUUCAUGCCCAGACUAACUCUGUCAGAAUGAUACAAGAGUUUAAACUUCACAUUGGUGUGGAGACAAUAUCCAAUUGCAUUGUCCUUUGCCAUGAAAAUCAAUAAAAGCCAGGGACAAACUCUGCAACAUGUUGGUCUUUGCUUGCAAAAGCAAGUGUUUGCCAUGGUCAAUUAUAUGUUGCAUUGUCAUGUGUUUCGCGAAAAGGUGGCAUUAAGAUAGUAAGUUUCGACAAUGAAAAUCAGCAAUCAACAACUAUGCAGAACAUUGUCUACACGAAGAUUUUAGAGUGAUCUUUUUAUACUCGAAGUAGGAUGUGUUGUUCUAAUGUUUGCCCAUUUGAACAGACUUAUGUCUUGUGGUUCAUUAGUUGUUUUAUGAUAUGUAAAUAUAGGUUGGUUGCUACUAUGGAUUGAAAUUCUGAAAUUUAUAAUAUCAUGUUAUGGAUUGAACUCCUUGAGAUAUUUGGAUUAUGCUUGCGGUCAAAAAAGUCCUUGACAUAUGGUGAUUCAACUCUUAUGUUUUGUAAUCUUUGAGCCUCUCCUCAGUAGCUAGAAAUUAAAGACAAAUACAUUACUAUUUGAACGUCAGUACGACAACUCCCUACAGGAAGCACUUCAGUUUAUUGAAAUUGCCACAUAAUCUAAAGCUUGAACCUUGUAUUCGUAAUAAUUCAUAAUAAAAGGCAGGCCUGCAAGUCUUUUACAUUUUCUGCCGUCAUGAAAUGUUCUUUUUACUUACUGGUCAGAUCAACCUUUAAAAACUAAUUUGAGUUUAAUAUAGGCAGAGUUGGCCUAAAGCAUCCAUGCCCAAAUCUAGUAAUAAAGUUAAGAUGUUUCAUCGCAGACCAGUUGACCAAACUUGAGAACAAAUCAAAAGUUCUGCCAAAGUAGACAUGAGCCAAGGCUUUGUAUUAAUAGAGCUCAAGUAACAAAAUGAAAAGGUUCAACAAAAAUCAGUCUUAGAUAAGAUAAUUCAAAGCACCCAACUAUGUCUCCAUACAGCAUUUGUUUAAAUUAACAAAUUACUCCCUACCACCUAUAAUGGACCACGUAGUCCAAUUUGGCCAUUCUCCAUGCCAACACACUGAUGCAUUACUUACUUCUACCCCAUGAUGCAUGGGAUGAUCCCAUGUUUUGUGAGAUAUAAGCUUAAUCCCAUGUUCCACAUAAGUAGGGCCACUAAUCACCCCACUUUUUCAGUCAAAUCAUUCGCCUAUUUAAGUGCUUCACAAUCCAAUAAACACCUGGUGUGUCACCACAAGAUCAAUUUACUCUUCACUUCUGUGCAGCCAUGGUGUUCCGCAGACUUAGAGAGCUUAGUGUAUCAUACGCACAACUAUUUUCUAUUCGGGUUAAGAGUGAUUUGAAUAUCGGCAACAAUCAUUGCUGGUCUUGAAGGAAUUUAGUACCUCAACAUGUUGUUGUUGGAUGAUGAGAUUAGCAAACACAUCUCAUGCCUUAAGUUUUCUGAACCUUGCGUUGACAAGCUCAUGAUUUAUAAGAAUAUCCAUGCACUGUAAAAAUUCCAUGUCGUAACUUGCAUUCCAGUUUGUCGUUUUUAUGCAUCUUAGUUGAGAAAAUGAUUUCUGCGACCUUCAAGUAUAUAUAUAUAUAUAUAUAUAUAUAUAUAUAUAGUGGCUUCUAUGGUACCCCGGGUGAAAUCCGGGUUACCGCAUACCUUGAGUAUGGAAACUUUAUCUAGACCUUGAAUUACCAGGAUUUUUGUGUCUGAUAUUAUACCCUAACCCUUAAUGAGUGAACCGUAGGUCAUAAUUAUCUAAAUCAUAAUCUAUAAACCCUAAGAUGGUGCAUUCCUUUUUGUGCCUAUAUUUGGAUGAAUCAUAACCGUCGAUUAUUGUUUCUAAUUAAAUUGAUCUUAGAGU